AUGUCUUCCAGUCAAUCGCCCAAAUCAUCCACCUCUGAAAAGUCAUCACAAUCUCAGGAAAGCGUGGCCAUUCGUUUCUUGAAUGCAGUCAUUGAUUUCAUGGCCAAAAAUUCUCAAUCUCCUUCCGAGAUUUAUCAACUUCUUGCACAAACAGGAUCUGUCUUGUUGCUUCAAUCCGAAGAAUUUCCAAAAUACAUGACUCGAUACAUUGAAAACAAAUUUGAAGAGGCUGAUAAAGAGCAUACCAACAAUGCUCUCAAUAAUUUUCAAGCCAAAUAUCAAAUCGUGGUUCAACUUUUUAACUUUGCAACCUUUUUACAAAAUGUUCGAUUACCUGCCAUUUUGCCUUUCAAGUCUCCUGUGUUGUCACCUGAAGAGCAACGAAAAGUUGAAUUUAAAUUGGAAGAUGCUCCACUUGUCAAGCAAUAUGAUUUUCAUCACUUUCAAGAAAUUUCAAUUGCCACUUUGGAAACUUUAUUGCAAUCGAAUCGAUCACCCAUUCAAACAUCUGACUACAAGGAAGCAAAUAAUUCCACCAAUAAGACCAAAAUCCCUCCUCAUAUUUUGAGUGACGUGAGAUUUUCAUUAAUGGCUCCAAAAAUUGAAAUUCAAUUGGCUUCUUUAUAUUUGCAACGAUCGUUUAAUCCUUUUGAAGUAAUGAAAGAUAUGAAAAACUCAUUGCAACAACAGUUUCCUCCACUCUAUACACACAAUCAUGACAAAUUCUAUCGAUCUAGCAAUGACGAUAUUGCCUUGUAUUAUUUAAAGAGUGCUCUCAAUGUCAUUACUCCACAAAAUUCACCAGAUGACUAUGCAGUGGCAUAUUCACAAAUGGCUCACCUUCUCAAACAAAAGAAGAAGUACGACGAAGCGAUUAAGGCAUUCCAAAAAGUAUUGGAGGUCAGAAAAGUCACUGAUUCAGAUCCAACCAAAUAUGCCUCUUUAUGUAUGAACAUUGCGAAUACUUAUUUAGCAAAGGAAGAAGAGGCAUGGUCUCAAUUCAAAGCAGAGUAUGCAUCAAUGCAAAAAGAAGACAUUGUUACUAAAUUAUUUAAAGAAUAUUCCAUUAUUUUGAGAGAGAGUAUAUUGUCACAUCAGCGCUCAGUAUCUCCUUCCACUGCAAAUGCUUCACAACAACAAGAGAAAUGUGAAAAAUUCGAAGAAGCCUCCAAACAAUGGCUGAAAUCCAUCGAUUUAGCAAUUGAAUGGUUUGGAAAGAGUGAACAAGGAUUCAAACAACUCAAAAAGCCACCUUCUCAUGAAAAGAAAGAACUCUCAACGCAAGAUCAAUACAUUGGUCUUGUGAGCAUUAAUUUGGGAUAUGCCUAUCUUCUCAAGACUAAAUUAUACAUGCAAAUCAUUUCCAAUCAUCAUGGGUUAUGUGUACACAGUAAGCAGAAAAAGGAUAUGGAUACCAUUAAGAAAGCAAAAACAAGUGCAGAAAACGCCAUUGUUGUUUUAAAAACUGCUCUCGAAGUCAUCAAACCUGAUGUUCACGAGAAGGAUUCGAUACUUCAAAAAGUUCGUCACAUGGGAUCAGAAUCAUUUCCCAAAUUGAAUUUAUAUUUGGCAGAAUGUUACAUGUAUCUGUAUGUGUGUGAUCAGUUGUGUGAAAAUUCAGAAGACUCAAAGUCAUCUUCAGGCCUUCUCAAUUUAGAAGAAGCAAGAACAUGUCUCGAUUUAGGAGGUUCUCUCUUCAUGAAAAAAGAAAUGAAAGAUUGGAGAGUGCGAUUGAAUGUUUUACUGUUCGAAGUGUAUUUCAAAUUGAGUCAUGAUGAAGAAAAUAUUUCAAAAGAAAAGAAGGAACAAUAUUUGGAGAGAAGUGUCAAUGCAUUGAAGGAGGCUGUGAAGGAUAAGGUUCAAGAAAAUGAUGAUAUUGUGACCUAUGAUGUAGAUAACUUUUUAAACAAGUAUUUGGAGAGUUUGAGUUUGAAUGAUUAA